AGAUUUACAAACCCAGGUAAAGAUAAUUUAGGCGUCGACACCUCUCCAUAGAUUCAUUUUUUUUUGUUUAUCCAGCUGACUCCCAAGCAUGUAAAACCUAACGUUAAACGAUAUAGAAUAUGAACCUGGAACUAACGUAUGCAAGUUUUUGCCACGUAGUUCCAAUCUUCGGAGUCUGCAGACGGAUUACAUAACAUCAUUUCCAAUCAAUAGCAGACGACAUUGUACAUGAUUUCAGGAAUUUAGCAGAAAUCAAAAUAAAGGGCGUGCUUUAAAGAAGAUGCUGAGUAAUAUUGGAACUUAUAAAUCUUUUUCUGGAAAUAAACUGGAAUACAGUGCAUCUGUGAAAUGGAUUAGAAACAAAUAAAAUCGAUGAAGAAUAUAAAUAUAAACACAUUUUGUCAAUUUCACAAGGAGAGAAGACAGGUUCAAGAGAUAAAGCACGCUAUCGCAUACUUAUCAGUGUUUUAAUCAAAUACAGGAUAAAAAUAGCUGAAUAAUGGAUUAUUUCGGUGUAUGUUUAUAACAAAAGAGCAAAAUUUGCUUUUUUAAUCGAUUUAGAAUAUGGUUUAGGGGGAAAUAUGGCAUACUCAAACAUCAUCUAUAGAUGGAAUAAUUCAUUAGUACGAGCUGUCUAUGUUGGAAUUAUGCAAGGCAAGGGACGCUAUUAUUUCGUGUUAAAAAUGUGUAUAAUCUAUUUAUAAUUAAGUAUAAGAGAUAAAUUUUCAGACCCAAAUCGUGUGGGAAUUAUGGCUGCUUCGGAAGAUAAGAAUUACGCAAAGGAACAUAAUUAACCUGGGACGUAAAUUUAUGUUAAAGAUCUGCCACAUAAAUGUGCUCUAUUAUGACUCCUUGGUGAUAAUUAUACAUGUUUUACAUACAAAAAUUUGAGAAAUAAGAGGGCACCUACUUUAUUUACAGAUACAAGAUGACAGCGACAUUUAAGAUAAAAAAAAAGCUCGUUUCUACAAUGUUAGAUAUAUUUCAGCUUUGCUUUCAAAGGUGCAAAAUAAACAGACCAAAGUUUCGAAAAAUGCAAGCCUUAGUGGACAGAUUAAAUUGUGAAAAUGCAACAUUUGUCCAUCUGGCAUUUUAUGGUACAGUAUUAUCUAAAUGAAGUGCCAUGAAGUUCAUAAACAAGGUGGUGUCUUUAACUGUCUUUGAGAUAACACUAAUUUAUUUGAUGUCAGCUGGAGCUUUCACUGUACUUUUGAGACAGGGAAUUCCUUACAUUCGCCGCUCUUAGCAGGCAUCCUUCAAAGAUCUCCUAGACUGAACCCACGAUGAGGUUUUUGCGAAUUAAAUUCGUGAAGUACUUCACAUACGUCUCGCUAGUGAUGUGUUUGUCCCUAGUCUUCUCAUUUAUGUGGCUUGAAAAGUCAUCUGAAAAUGUGUUUUUUGAUGGACCAAUUAUGUUUACAAAUAAAAAUCCAAAUUUUCAAAGAUCUCAACCAGAACAGUAUAUGACAGAUCGUCAACUGAAUCCUAUAUUGAGAACGUUUGACUGUGGUAAACUCUUUGAAGGAGAUCAUUUAGAACUCAACCGUGCUGAUGAAUAUCUUAGCAAUGUUCGAACUUUUCAUUAUUUUCAACAUCGUGAUAAUGACGAUUUUAGAGUAUUAGCAUUGAACUGUGAAGAGUAUAAGAAAUCUCGUGGAUAUUUCGCUGCACCUUCUAACAAACUUGAAAAAGAUUUUCCAAUAGCUUUUAAUAUUCUCUUCCAUAGAAAUAUCGAACAGUUUGAACGACUUUUACGUGCAAUAUAUAGACCUCAAAACCAGUAUUGUAUUCAUGUGGACAAGAAAACACCGGACGAUGUUUUAGAAACGAUGGAACUGUUGGCUGAUUGUUUUGAUAAUGUGUUCAUUGCAUCUAAACUUGAAUUUAUUAUAUACGCAAGUUAUACAAGAUUAAUAGCAGACGUCAAUUGCAUGAAGGACCACAUUGAAAGAAAUUUUGAAUGGAAAUAUCUGUUAAACAUGGCAGCGAGUGAAUUUCCAAUUAUGAGUAACUUACAAAUUGUUCAAAUUUUGAAAGAAUUUAAUGGUGCUAAUGAUAUACACGAAGUGUUCAUUACCAUGGACAGUCAAAGGUUUAAACAAAAACAUUUUACAUACAUCGACAUUAGAACCAAGUCAGGGUAUAUUAUUCACACGAAGAAAUCUAAAGGAGAUCCACCGCACGGCUUGACCGUCACAAAGGGUAAUGCCUACAAUAUUUAUAGCCGAGCAUUUGUAGAGUUUGUGCUCGAGGACGACAGAGCACGUGCUUUGUUAGCAUGGUCGGCUGAUACGUUCACUCCUGAUGAACACUACUGGGCGACGCUUAACAACUUGUUCAGCAAUCCCUUCUUGAACACACCCGGCGGAUUUAAAGGUCAUCCGGACAAGAAACCGUUUUUCGGACGCUACAUAGGCUGGAACACAACCCGUCACGUGACCCGGUGUAAAGGAGGACAUUACGUGCAUAACGUCUGCGUGUUUAGUGUCCUUGACCUUCCAGCGUUAAAAGACAGACAUGAAGUCAUAGCUAAUAAGUUUGAUAUAGAAUAUGAUCCAAUAGCUUACAUGUGUAUGGAAGAAUGGCUUCAUAACAAAACAUUGAAUCAAGAGGGCAUUAAAGAUGUGAGAAUGUAUAGAAAAAUUGCCGUUCAGAGCUAGUCUGUAUUUUUAUUUUUUAUUUUUUAACAAUAUGAUUGUUACAUUGGAUAUUAAUUAAAAAAAAAGAUUGACCUCUAAAAUCAGAACAUACUUGUUAUAUUUUAUCAUUUACAUUAUACAUUUUGGUUUAAAAUUAUGGUGGCUUUUUUUUGCCAUUUCGU